AUGGUCCCUGAACUCCAAGAUACAGAUUCGGAAUGGGACUUUGUCCAGGCACUGGACCUGCUGCAGUCACCCAGGGGUGGGCGAUCUUCCUUCAAAACCCCUCGGUCCCCAGUUUCUGCGCCGUCUAAUGAACAACGGACUGGAGAUCGCGUCAGCAGCUCGAUCAUGACUGAGCCUCACCUUAGCCAUGACAGCUUCGGAGCGGGAUCGGUAUUCGCCAAAUUGCUCCAUUCCGAUCUUGGUAACUGGGCUUCGACUUCUGAAAAGAAGGAAGGUGUCGGCUUGUCCGCACCAUCGAAGCGUCACCCAGAUGUCCCCAAUCUUCAACAGUCCUCCAAAGAUGGCUUCUCCUCACGAGCCCCUCAGAUAGGGCCACCUGAAGCUUGCUUUAAAUCUACCCCCACCUCUGCUUCGCCGAUAACUCAAAUCACCAAAGCCACUGUCAUGGGUAUAUCCGCACCUCCACCCUCGUCUAAUAUCACCAUCCUCAAACGGCCAUCCAAGAGUACGAAUGAUCACAUUCCUAUCAACCCACAGCUACAAACUCCUGUGUACGCAACCACAUACACCAAUAACUCGAAAGUCAUGCCCAGGGCAAAGCCUAAGUCGAACAAAAAGCAGAACCAGUCUUCCAAGAACAACGUUUCUGACAGCAGUGCCGAGACCGAGUCAGAUUUAAGUCCCGUAUUAUUCGACCGCCCUCUCACCAAAAAGUCCGGAGUGUUGUUUGUUCCGUCGCAGGUAGGCUCGCAUGAUGUACGGAAUAUCAUUGAUGAUACCCCACCCUCUUCAUAUGACGACGCCGUUGAAUAUUUGGAUUCGGACAAGGCCAAGAGCACCAGCUCUUUCAGUGGUCCGAUGCGUCUCUAUCCGAACAACAUGGAUGUGUUGGAGCGGCGUGUGUCUCUUAUGACCAAGCUCCUCAAUAAAUUUGAAGAUUACGCCCAACUUGUGUCCCAGUUGGGACGCCCUUGUGGCUCCAGCACCAGCUUGGAGUCACGUCCCAUUCAUGUCUUUGUCGACAUGUCUAACAUCUUGGUGGGAUUUCACGAUGGUGUCAAACUUGCCCGAAAUAUCCCUACCACCAGUCGAAUUCGUCGUCUUGACAUCUCUUUUACCAACUUGUCUUUGAUCUUGCAACGUGGUCGCACUACCGCCAAGACAGUCUUGGUUGGUUCGGACCGUGUACCUUCCAUCGACGAAGCCGAGAAGCUUGGCUAUGAAGCGAACAUUUUGAACCGUGUUCACAAGACGAAGCAUACUCACUAUCGUCCCUCAAAGUAUCGCAAGCCACCCGGCAAAGGAUCUCAGUUUGGUAAGCCUGAAAUGGCCGGUACCUCUGCAGAACGCUGGGUCGAGCAAGGUGUAGACGAAAUUCUACAUAUGAAGAUUCUCGAAAGCCUAGUAGAUACGGAUGAACCCGCAACGAUUGUGUUGGCGACUGGAGACGCGGCGGAAGCCGAGUAUUCUGCUGGGUUUAUGCGCAUGGUAGAGCGGGCGCUGCAGCGCGGCUGGAAUGUCGAGCUAGUCAGCUUCUCGCACAUAAUGAGCUAUUCGUACAAGAAAAAGGAGUUCCGUGAGAAGUGGGGGUCCCGUUUCAAGAUCAUCGAGUUAGAUGAAUACGCCGAAGAACUCUUUGAAUGA